GGACGGGCGGGGAGCGAACUACCGGCUCCCGGGAGGAAGCGGGGGCGGCGGGGCCGGCAGGAGCGGGGCCUCGGCCCGGGACCGGGAUGCGGUGGCGGCCGGGGACGGUGCCUCCUUGCUCGGGGCGGCACCAUGCACCCGGCCGCGGCGGUGUGCCUGGUGUUCGGCGGCUGCUGCAGCAACGUGGUGUUCCUGGAGCUGCUGGCCAGGCAGUUUCCAGGAUGUGGGAACAUCGUGACGUUCUCCCAGUUCUUAUUUAUCGCCGUGGAAGGCUUUAUCUUCGAAGCCAACUUCGGGAGGAAGCGGCCGGCCAUACCGAUGAGGUAUUACCUCAUCAUGGUGGCCAUGUUCUUCACUGUCAGUGUGGUGAAUAACUAUGCCCUGAACUUAAAUAUCGCCAUGCCGCUGCACAUGAUCUUCAGAUCGGGCUCUCUCAUAGCAAGCAUGGCUCUUGGUAUCAUCAUUUUGAAAAAAAGAUACAGCAUGUCUAAAUACACGUCCAUAGCCCUGGUUUCCGUGGGGAUCUUCACCUGCACUUUCAUGUCUGCAAAGCAAGUGGCAUCUGACUCCGGCUUAAACGAAGAGGACGGACUCCACGUUUUCUUGUGGUGGCUGCUAGGUAUCGCUGCGCUCACCUUCGCCCUCCUCAUGUCUGCCAGGAUGGGGAUUUUCCAGGAGACGCUGUACAAGCGGUUCGGGAAGCACUCCAAAGAGGCCCUUUUCUACAACCAUGCGUUACCGCUCCCUGGCUUUCUCCUCCUCGCCCCAAACAUCUACCACCACGCCGUUCUCUUCAGCCAGUCCGAGCCGUUCCAGAUCCCAGUGAUUGGGCUGACCCUGCCGAUCAUGUGGUUCUACCUCCUCAUGAACGUCAUCACUCAAUACGUCUGCAUCCGCGGCGUCUUCAUCCUCACCACGGAGUGCACCUCCCUCACCGUCACGCUGGUGGUGACGCUGCGCAAGUUCGUCAGCCUCAUCUUCUCCAUCCUCUACUUCCGCAACCCCUUCACGGCCUGGCACUGGCUGGGCACCGCCUUCGUCUUCGUGGGGACUCUCAUGUACACGGAGGUGUGGAACAGCCUCGGGCCCCUCCUGGCCCGCUGGAGGAAGAGGCCGAAGGAGGAGUAACGGCUGGGGUGGGGGGCUCUCUGCAGGGACCCUUUUAUUGUUUUUUAGAGCAGAGCAGCAGGGAAUCCCCCCGAGGGGGGUUGUUUUUAUAACAGGGGAGGUGUUGGCUGUGCCAAGCUCCUGGGAAUCAUGGAGUCUCCGCCGGGAACCUGCCUGGAAUGGAUCACGGAGGGAGGAUGCAGUUAUUUUUGCAAGGUUGCAUUUUUUUUUUUAUGCAACCCCUUUUGCUCCCCCACCCUAUUAUUAUUAUUUUUUCAUUUAAAUAUCCCUUUUAAAUUAAUUUAAAAGCUGACCCAGUUCUCCGCUAGGAGCCCAGCUAUAUCGUGGUGCUUCUGUACACUCCUCCCAGCUGCGGUGAGCUG